AUGCCACCAAAACAGGCUACAUUGGGCAAGUUCUUCAAAAGCCCCAGUGGAACUGCGCCCAAGGAAGUCCCCAAGCAAUCGAAGCUUGCAUUUUCUACCAAGUCGAAUACCAAUGGCGCCGCUCCAAGUCUAAAGCCCACCCCUAAGGAAGAUGUUGAGAUGAAAGAGGAUUCCGACUCAGAUGUUAAGUCAAAGAUCAGCAAAGACAUAUCAGCGGAAACCAAGGAGAAUGUUAAAUCUCGGAGAGAAACAAAGAAGCGAUCGAGAUCCCCGAUGGUAAAAGACGACGAGGCAUCCGAAUCGCGAGGUACCAAAGUGGAAGUGGUUGACCCGGACGAAGAUGACGAGCCUGUAUUGAAACGACCACGCAGGUCUGUCAAGGUUGAGGAGGAUGAAGAAGAUGAAGAGCCAGUGGUGAGCAAGUCCGCUAGGAAGUCUACGGCUAAAUCAAAGGCAAGUGACACCAAGAAAAUGCCUCCUCCUUCAAACAAACCCAAGAAGCAACCCGAGAAAGCCGUGAAAGUAGAGGAAGAGGAGGUCAUGGAAAUUGUUGCAUCGAAAAGCAACUCCAAAGUACGCGAGGCGAGCGCAUCAGAGUCUGCAUCAGAGGCUGAAGAGACCAAUGAGCAAGAGGAGGAAGAUUCUGAAGACGAGAAGCCCGAGAUCGCUGCCAAAGCCCGUGAAAAGGUGCAGACAACACUAAUGUCAAAAGCCAAAGACCCAUAUCCAGACUGGAAACCCGGAGAGCCUGUGCCAUACGCAGCUUUGUGUACCACGUUUUCUUUCAUUGAGAUGACUACAAAACGACUUAUUAUCCAAGCCCACUGCUCAUUGUUUCUCCGCCAAGUACUUCGUCUCACUCCUGGAGACAUGCUUCCGACAGUACUUCUCAUGAUCAAUAAACUUGCGGCGGACUACGCAGGCGUAGAGUUGGGGAUUGGAGAAUCCUUGAUUAUGAAGGCAAUUGGAGAAACCACGGGUCGUAGUCUUCCUGUCAUUAAACAAGAUCAAAAGGAAAUCGGUGAUCUUGGUCUUGUGGCAGUCAAGAGCAGGGCAAAUCAACCAACAAUGUUCAAGCCUAAAGCAUUGACAGUUCAGGCAGUCCAUCGUGGUCUACUUGGAAUUGCCACAGUCAGUGGAAAUGGUGCUCAAGCUCGGAAAGUUGAUGGAAUAAAAAAGCUACUUGCGGCAGCCGAUGGACAUGCGGCAGGAAAAGUUGAUAUCACAAAGGACAAAGGGGGCCCAAGUGAAGCUAAAUUCAUAGUCCGAUUUCUUGAGGGCAAACUUCGACUUGGACUUGCUGAAAAGACGGUGCUGGUAUCUUUGGGUCAAGCCAUGGUAUGCCAUGAGAUUGAAAAGAAGGGUUCAGGAAAAGUUCCAAGUACGGAACAGCUUGCCAAGGGAGAAUCUAUUCUGAAACAGGUUUUCAGUAAUCUACCAAGCUACGAUGUCAUCAUCCCAGCUAUGUUGGAUCAUGGUAUCUUUAAUCUUGCAGAACACUGUAAACUGCAACCUGGAAUUCCUUUGAAACCUAUGUUGGCAAAACCUACUAAAGCUAUUACUGAGGUACUGGACCGGUUUGAAAAUCAGACGUUCACUUGCGAGUAUAAAUAUGACGGGGAGCGAGCCCAGAUACACUACGUCGCCAAAGACUCCCCAGUGCAAUACAAGGGCGCCACAUCCGGUGCGUCAAAAACUUCGGAAGGGAUAGCCGCAAUCUUCUCUCGAAAUUCCGAAGAUCUUUCCAAAAAGUACCCAGACAUCUUAGCCAAGUUGAACACCUGGGUCAAACCAGACACCAAAAGUUUCGUGCUCGAUUGCGAGACUGUGGGCUGGGAUACGGUUGAAAAGAAAGUCCUGCCAUUUCAGCAGCUGAUGACCCGCAAGAAGAAGGAUGUUAAAAUUGAGGAUGUCAAAGUCAAGGUGACUGUGUUUGCAUUUGACCUGCUCUUCUUGAACGGAGAGGCUGUAGUCGAAAAGUCGCUCAGAGAACGACGAGAACUUCUUCACGGGGCAUUCAUCCCUGUCGAAGGAGAAUUCGGAUUUGCAACAAGUAUGAACGGGCGGGAGAUCGAUGAGAUACAGCUAUUUCUUGAUGAGAGUGUCAAAGCUUCAUGCGAAGGUCUCAUGGUCAAGAUGUUGGACGGUAGUGAAAGUGGUUACGAGCCAAGUAAACGAAGUCGGAAUUGGCUCAAGAUUAAAAAAGAUUACCUUUCUGGCAUUGGUGACUCGCUGGAUCUUGUCGUGCUCGGAGCUUACUAUGGCAAAGGAAAACGCACAUCAGUUUACGGUGCCUUUCUUCUUGCCUGCCACAACCCUGACACCGACAGCUACGAGACCGUCUGCAACAUCGGCACUGGAUUUUCAGAAGCAGUGCUCGAAGAACUCCACAGUCAAUUGAAGGAAAUAGUCAUCGAUCGUCCAAAGCCCUUCUACUCUCACAGCUCAGGAAACCAACAUCAACCGGAUGUCUGGUUCGAGCCUAAGUAUGUGUGGGAAGUCAAGACUGCGGAUCUUACACUGAGUCCUCGAUACAAGGCGGGUUGCAAACAAGGUGUUGAUCCAUCUGGAGAGAAGGGAAUCAGUUUGCGAUUUCCCCGGUUUAUCAAAGUGCGUGAUGAUAAGAAACCGGAUAUGGCAACGAGCAGUAGACAGGUUGCGGAAAUGUAUCGGAAGCAGGAGAGUGUUACGAAGAAUAAGGGACCGGCUGUUGAUGAUGACUUUGAGUAUUGA